UUUGCAUAUUUGGAAUUGGAGCAUAAAAAAAGAUGUCGAGUACUCGAACCCAAGUGUAUCAACCACAGGAUAAUCCUGUACUCACAGUGAGAUAAGAAGUAGAUAAGGCCUAACCACUCACAGUCGUCAGAUGGAUUCACUCAUGGAAUCCAACGGCUUUCGUUUUUGUACAUGGAUCACAACCUCUAAAAAAUAAGCUGACAAAAUAAUGCGCAAUCCACUCGGUAUAGCCACCCAAAGAGCUAAAAAACUUCAAUCACAGAGCAAUUAUUCAGCCAACCGUUUAUCAUGGCCACCCCCACCGCCACCGCCGCCGCUACGUCUUCAUUUCUAGGAACCCGCCUCCCGGAUGUUUACUCCGGAGCAGCCCGAGUUCAGGCCCGAUUCGGAUUCGGACUUGGUCGCAAGAAAUCUCCCCCCAAGAAGGCAGCACCAAAGCCCGGCUCAAAUAGGCCCUUGUGGUACCCAGGAGCCAAGGCGCCAGAAUAUCUUGACGGAACCCUUGUCGGAGACUAUGGGUUCGACCCGUUCGGGCUAGGGAAGCCCGCUGAGUACUUGCAAUUCGAGCUGGACUCCCUGGACCAGAACUUGGCUAAGAACCUCGCCGGAGAAGUCAUCGGAACAAGAACGGAGUUCACGGACCCGAAAUCGACUCCGUUGCAGCCUUACAGCGAGGUCUUCGGGCUGCAGAGGUUCAGAGAGUGUGAGCUGAUCCACGGAAGGUGGGCCAUGCUGGGUACUCUCGGCGCGUUGACUGUGGAGUGGCUCACCGGAGUGACAUGGCAAGACGCCGGAAAGGUUGAGCUUAUCGAGGGAUCUUCAUAUCUUGGACAACCACUUCCAUUCUCGAUGACCGCAUUGAUUUGGAUCGAGGUUAUUGCGAUCGGGUUUGUCGAGUUCCAAAGAAAUGCAGAGCUUGACCCGGAGGCGAGGCUGUACCCGGGUGGAAAAUUCUUUGACCCGUUGGGCUUGGCUGCUGACCCGGAGAAGAAGUCCAGGCUUCAGCUUGCAGAGAUCAAGCAUGCCAGGCUUGCAAUGGUUGCCUUCUUGGGCUUUGCUGUUCAAGCGGCUUCCACAGGUAAAGGCCCACUCAACAACUGGGCUACCCACUUGAGUGACCCGCUCCACACCACUGUUUUUGACACCUUUGGAUUCUUCUCUUAAGCUCCUCCUUCCACUUCUAAUCCUGUAUUAUCCACUUAAUUAUUGUUGAGAAUGUUUAAAUGUCAUUAUGCCAGUAUGAAUAUACCUUUAUUUGGACUCAUCAUGCCAAAAUGGGGGUGAACAUUUGGCAAUCAAUAGGUUCAAAGUGAGAAAUACAUUUUCAUCUCUUCAAACAUCUUAUAAUUUCCAUACUCUUGACUCUUGAGAAUGAUA